AACAAUGAUUGAAAUCAAACAUGUGCUAAUCGUGUCAAUCAUCCUACGAAUUGCAUUCUUUGGGUAUGGUCUAUAUCAAGACAAAUAUAUGGUGGUAAACUAUACCGACAUUGAUUAUCUUGUCUUUUCUGACGCUUCUCAAUUCGUGUAUAACGGACAAUCACCCUAUUUGAGAGAAACAUACCGAUACACACCUUUACUCAGCUGGUUGUUGAUUCCCAAUAACUUCACAUUCUUAUUUGACAAUGCGAUAUGGUAUAAUUUUGGCAAGGUUUUGUUUAUGGCUUGUGAUUUGAUCACGGGGUACCUCAUUAUGAAGUUGCUUGCCAAAGACCAAACAUUGACGAAAAGAAAGAUUAUGUCGUUGAGUGCAAUUUGGUUGAUUAAUCCUAUGGUUAUUACAAUCAGCACAAGAGGAUCUUCAGAAAGUGUGCUUACUGUCAUGAUUAUGUUGUCAGUGUACUAUUUAAUUGUCAGGGAUAAUGUUGUAGUUUCCGGGAUAUGGUUAGGUGUAGCCAUCCAUUUCAAGAUAUAUCCAAUCAUAUAUUUGCCUAGCAUAUUAUUAUAUUUACAAAGCACACCAUUUAUAAAACAAAUUCCAAUUUUGAACCUAGUCAACUUGAAAAACUUGCAAUUUUUCAUAUCGACAAUAAUCACCGUGGUUGUACUCACAUUAGGAAUGUAUUGGGUAUACGGAUACGAAUUCAUAGAUAAUUCAUACUUGUACCACCUCACCCGACUUGAUCAUCGCCACAAUUUUAGCAUCUACAACAUGGCACUCUACUAUAAAUCUGCCCUCCCCUUUGCAACUACAUCGUACAACGACAUUGAGAAAUUCACAUUCAUACCUCAGUUGCUUCUCUCGUCAUUGAUCAUCCCAUUGACAUUUGCCCAGACAGACCUCGUGUCAACGUUAUUCUUACAAACAUUCACAUUUGUUACGUUUAAUAAGGUGGUUACAUCACAAUACUUUAUAUGGUUCUUGAUAUUCUUGCCCCAUUACUUAUCGAAAUCGACUUUGUUAACCGCGAAUAAAGUCAAGGGAGUGGUAGUGUUAUUGAGUUGGGUUGUGAGUCAAGGCGCUUGGUUAUAUUUUGCAUAUUUGUUGGAGUUUGAGGGGGUAAAUACGUUUGACUAUGGGUUGCUUUAUGCUAGUAUUGGGUUUUAUUUGUGUAAUUGUUGGUGUUUGGGGGUAUUUAUCGAUAAGUUAGAGAGCAAACUGGCCGAUUUAAGCUCCAAGAAGGAGUUAUAACCGUCAAUAUUUGUAAGUAAUUAAAAAUACAAGACAUGUAUAAUUUUUCAGCCAAGCAAUAAAUUGCGCUACCAAGC